AUGGCUGAAUUUACCACAGCAACAGAUCAUAAAUGGGCACGAUUAGAUGAAGACGUACAUAUUAUACUGGAUAGCAGCCUGGAAGGAGAUGAUACCAAGAAAAUUAAUGCCAUGGUACAGGCUGUGUGUCAGGUAUGUGUUGAUGCCUUUGGCUUGAAGGAAGGUUUAAAGCACAAGUUUCCUAGAGUAAUACAAACCUUCUCUCAUGAGGACCUCCUCAAGGUCACAGAGUACUACAAGCCCUACCUGGCUUAUGUGAUUCACUAUGACAUCACGAGUAUCCUGCAGAACCUAGCCACCAAGAACAUCCUCACCAACGAUGAGGCCAAGAGAUUCAAAGCCAAAGAAGAGGGUCAGGGGCGGGCAGGUGUGGAGUCCUUCAUCAGUGACAUAAUGAAGAUGGAGAGUGGGGUGCUGGUGGGCCUGUGGGAGGCACUGGCUGAAGAACUUGAGAGAUUUCCAUCACCAAAUCUGACAAGAAUACUGAAGGAGGUGACAGAGGGCGGACCAGACCUUUUGAUGAACAUUCAGGCCAGUCUCCAGCCAACUCCCAUUGAUGCUCAUAUUAAAGGUCUCCAUGAGACACACAGAGAUGGAGUGUCUGAAUCCACAAAAACUCUAGAGGAUCAGGCUUCCCCUGGAGAUCCACACACCAGAGCUGUGGGCUUUGAGACACGAUACACAGAGCUGAUGAUCAUCAAACAGUUCAAAAGAACCUACAGUGAGAGGCACCAUGAACUUGAGAAAAUGGGGAGAACUCAUGCAGAGCUGAUAGAGGAACGGACAAAAGAGAAAUGUGAGCGAAUCUGGACUGAGCAGCUUUUUAGGAGGAGUCCAGGAAGUGAGACAGACCCUCACAUUGUAGUGGUCAGUGGAGUGGCUGGAAUUGGAAAGACCACCAUGGUCCAGAAGAUAAUGUUUGACUGGGCCAGAGGCACUCAGUACCAAAGGUUUGAUUUUGCGUUCCUGUUUAAAUUCAGGGAGCUCAACCUACUAGACACAGAGACAGAGCCACAGAUGCCUCUGACCAGGCUGAUUGAAAGGCACUAUAAAUAUCUCAAUGACCCAAGACUGAGGGAAAUCCUUCAGAAACCCGAAUCUUUGCUGUUUAUAUUUGAUGGACUGGAUGAGUACAAACACAAACUGGACUUGAAACCAAGAAAGAUCCCCUCAGACCCAGUUGAGAGCUUCCCUGUCCACAUCUUGGUCUCCAAUCUGGUCAGAAGGACAUUACUGAAGGACUGUACAGUCCUGAUAACAACCAGACCAACGGCCCUGGAGUCCCUGGACAUGAAGAGAGUUGAUCGAUUUGCAGAGAUCCUGGGGUUCUUCCCUGAACAAAGGCUGAUGUACUUUAAGAAGUUCUUUGGUGAUGCUGAUCAGGGCUCUGAUGCUUUUCAGUACGUGGAGGAGAAUGACAUCCUGUACACCAUGUGCUUCAACCCCUCAUACUGCUGGAUUAUCUGCUCUGUGCUGAAGAGCCACUUCAUGACACCUGAAGAAGAGCGAGGAGCUGCCCCCAAAACUGUCACCGAGCUCUUUGUGAUGUUCCUUCACAACAUUCUCACCAAUCAUAAGCGAGAAGCCAAGAACCAGCAAGAGAUUCUGGUCAAACUGGGAAAGAUGGCUUAUUAUGGGGUGGCUAACAGAACUCUUGUGUUUUACGAUAAGUUUGAGAUGUCCACCUUUGGUCUCCAGCCAGUCCUGUCCUCUCCAUUCCUCUCAGGUUUCCUCAAAGAAAUCCUUCAGAGAGAAAGCACUCUGGAGCACACAACGUACACAUUCUACCACCUCACCCUGCAGGAGUUCAUGGCCGCCUGCUCCUUCUACCUCGAUCCGUCAGGGGGCAUUGAGGAGCUGCUUGAGAAGUUGGACUCGUGUGAAGAUGGCCGGUUUGAGAUUCUCACUCGAUUCCUGGCAGGACUGGCCAGAUAUUCUGUGUUUAAAACACUGGGGGGAGUCCUGGGGGAGUUUAAGGUGAAGACAGCAAAGCAGAUACUGGAGUGGGUGAAGAAGAAAGCUGAAGAGGUGCUACGGGGUCGAGAUAACAGUGAAGCUCUGCGAGUGUGUCAGUGGCUCUAUGAGACUCAGAAUAAGAAAUUAAUCAGAGACGCCAUUGGGAAGGAUUUAAAGAUGGACUUUAGAAAGAUGACUUUAUCUCCUCUGGACUGUGCUGUGCUGGGCUCUGUCAUCAGCUGCUGUGGAGAACUUGAGGAGCUUGACCUGUCAAAAACACCACUGACCUCAGAGUGCAUCAGGAGACUGGCGCCGGGGCUCAUCUGCUGCACACGUGUCAACCUGUCUCUUUGUGGUCUCAACUCCAGAUGUUGCUCAGCUCUCUCCUCCGCUCUUUCUUCUCCACAGUCACAACUGACUGAACUGAACCUGAGCAGCAAUAAGAACAUGGAGGACUCAGGAGUGAAUGAGCUGUGUGAGGGGCUGAGGAGUGAAAACUGCAAAUUAGAGAAACUGAACCUGUCUGAAUGUCAUCUCACCUCCAGAUGUUGCUCAGCUCUCUCCUCAGCUCUUUCUUCUUCACACUCACGACUGACUGAACUGGACCUGAGCAGAAACAACAACAUGGAGGAUUCAGGAGUGGGUCAGCUGUGUGAGGGGCUGAGGAGUGAAAACUGCAAAUUAGAGAAACUGAACCUGUAUCAAUGUCGUCUCAACUCCAGAUGUUGCUCAGCUCUCUCCUCAGCUCUUUCUGCUCCACACUCACGACUGACUGAACUGAACCUAAGCGACAGCAACAUGGAGGAUUCAGGAGUGGAUCAGCUGUGUGAGGGGCUGAGGAGUGAAAACUGCAAAUUAGAGAAACUGAAUCUAUGGUCAUGUCGUCUCAACUACAGAUGUUGCUCAGCUCUCUCCUCAGCUCUUUCUGCUCCACACUCACGACUGACUGAACUAGACCUGAGCAACAACAACAACAUGAAGGAUUCAGGAGUGGAUCAGCUGUGUGAGGGGCUGAGGAGUGAAAACUGCAAAUUAGAGAAACUGAGCCUGUCUGAAAGUCAUCUCACCUCCAGAUGUUGCUCAGCUCUCUCCUCAGCUCUUUCUGCUCCACACUCACGACUGAUUGAACUGAACAUGAAUGACAACAACAUGGAGGAUUCAGGAGUGGAUCAGCUGUGUGAGGGGCUGAGGAGUGAAUACUGCAAAUUAGAGAAAUUGAAUCUAUGGUCAUGUCAUCUCAACUCCAGAUGUUGCUCAGCUCUCUCCUCAGCUCUUUCUGCUCCACACUCACGACUGACUGAACUGAACCUGAGCUACAACAACAACAUGGAGGAUUCAGGAGUGGAUCAGCUGUGUGCGGGUCUGAGGAGUGAAAACUGCAACUUAGAGAAACUGAUCCUGACUUGUUGUCGUCUCACCUCCAGAUGUUGCUCAGCUCUCUCCUCAGCUCUUUCUUCUCCACACUCACGACUGACUGAACUGAACCUGAGCUACAACAACAUGGAGGAUUCAGAAGUGGAUCAGCUGUUUGAGGGGCUGAGGAGUGAAAACAGCAAAUUAGAGAAACUGAACCUUUCUGAAUGUCGUCUCACCUCCAGAUGUUGCUCAUCUCUCUCCUCAGUCCUCUCCUCUCCACACUCACAGCUGACUGAAUUGGACCUGAGCAACAACAUACUGGAAGAUUCAGGAGCUCAUCAGCUGUGUGAGGGUCUGCAGACCCCAAACUGUAAAUUAAAGACACUGAGGCUGUCUGACAAUUGGAUCAGUGAGAGUGAGAAGAAGAACCUGAGGUCACUACAGGAGGAGCUGAACAGGACUGGACGGCAGUUGAAUAUCUACACAUGAGAGGACUGGACAUGCUGAUUAACUGACCCCAGUGACGGUGCCCCCUGUCUACUCUCUCUGAAUUCUUCUCUUUAUUCUUUAAUAAUCUCCUCAGCUCUCCUCCACAUUUAAAAAACUCUCCAUGUCUUCUUCUCAGCCUGUGUGCUUCUUCUUUAAACUCACUUGUGUUUCUCCACCCUGUCACCCUGAACUUGUCACUAAACUCCACAAGCUCAGACAAGAAACCCCUGAGUUUCACCAGGCAAGAACCACAGUGAGAAUUGUCAUUUGAAACCAGCGGGGGUCACAAAGCCCACUGAGGGGAGCAGCAGGAGCAAACACGGGUGGACAGUCCAUUUGUAGGGUGAUAGAGAGUGAGGCCAAUCCUGGCAUUGGUGACAAAUUCUGGACAGGCACCGGGCCAUCACAGGUCAAGCUGAUGGUGGCCUGAGCAGAAACCUCAUAAACCUGCUGCUCCUCAACAUCAUGUGGUUUUGUUUGAACCCAUGUCUGCUCCACUCCUUGUUCACUGCCUCAUGCAGUAAAAAGAUCCAAAUAAAGACCGCAGUCGCAGAGAAGGAAAUGUGUGGUGCUUUCUGCAUCAUGGGGUAUACCAGUCCAAGAAACACAAGGUGUGUGUGGUAUUCGAUUGUGCAGCUUCUUUUCAGAGGACCACACUAAACGAGCAGCUUCUUCAGAGGCCAGACCUUACUAGCACACUGAUUGGUGUCAUUAUGAGGUUUCACCAAGAAUCUGUGGCUUUGAUGGCUGAUGUGGAAGCCAUGUUCCUCCAGGUUAGUGUUCCUUCAGAGGAUGCUGAUUUACUCCGAUUCUUAUGGUGGCCAGAUAGUUACAUUAAAGGAAUACAAGUGCCAUUGUUUGGUGCCACCUCCUCACCAAGCUGUGCUAGUUAUGCUCUCAGACAAUGUGCCGAGGACAGCAGGCAUUUAUUUGAUGCUCCAUAAGUAGACAGUUUUGUACAAUUUUUUUGUUGAUGUCUGCAUAAAGUGUUGAAGCAGAUCAGGCAGCUCAGCACCCUCAGCCCAAAAGAAGGCACUCAGUCUCUGGACAGACAGCAGAAUCAGACUUUAUUGUACGGCGCACAUACAAACUCAGCUCAGAUGACUUGAGACCCGAGUAUUCUGUGAGCUUCAGAUUUAUUACAAUUCUCAUCACAAAAUAUUCCCCCUUCACACAGAUUCCCAUCAUCUGCUUUCCAGGGUUUCUCAUGAUGAUGACCUCGCUCAGCACCUUUUCUCAUAACAAUCACCAGAUGUUGAUGACUUUCUCAUAACAAUAUCCUGCCGUCAUAAACUUUCUCAUAACAAUUUACUCUUCACUAUCUGUUUCUUCAUUAAAAUCCCUUUGGCUCAUAAGACGUAUUUGCUUCUUUGAGGUGAGACGUCACCUGAUCACUCCUCCCUAAUCCUGAGCUGUUAAAGAUUGAUGGCUUUUAGUUAAUGAGUUCUCACCAGUACUUUGGACUCCAUAGAACCCACCUGUGAAAACUGGACUGCUUAAUUAAUAAUUCAACUAAUGUUUACUCAUUUCACUAACAUCUCUUAUGGCUGACAUAAUUGAUAGCCAUGCCAGUUAGGUGGCAGUGCUCAGCUUCACUGAAAAGGACUACGCUGUGGGCAGCUUGGCGUGGUGCCUCUUGACUACUUGAAAUAAAAGCACUGGCCCUUAACAAUUAAUAUUUACAUAGUUUAAAACUGGUUUAGUAUACACUUCUGUAACUUUAUUAUUAUUCAUAAAGAGUCACAAACAUAUAAACUUAAAUGCUUCUUUAACCUACAUAUAUAUAUGAGCGUCGUAGUGAAAAAGGACAAACUUUAAAAAUCAAAUAGGUAUCGCUAGCUAAGCGGAGGUAAGGUACGCUCGUAAACGUGACCAGAGGAAGAGCGACUUGAACGGAGGCUGGUGUGUGAGUGAGGAGGUCCCCGCCUGGCUCCCCACUGCUGACGUCACGUAUCCCCACACCGUCGACCCAUAGCCUCAGUCUCAGAUUAGCAGAAUAUAUCCCUCAUACAAGUGAACUAUGAUUCUUUGCGCCAUGAGAUAAGUCACAAAAUUAACCAGAAUGUUCAAGCAAAUGAUAGAAAAAAGCCAGAUCUAAAUCUGUUAAGUAGUUCUCUUGUUCGCUAGCUAAGCGGAGGCAAGGUAAGCUCCGAGGCUGUCAUGUGAGUGAGGAGGGCCCCGCAUCUCUCCCCUCAGAUUCGCACAAAUAAAUCGGUACAGCAAGCGAACUGUGAUACUUAGCACAAUGAGUGACGUCAGAAAAUCAACCGGAAUGUUGAAGCAAAUUACAGAAAAAAACCUGAUCUAAAUCUGUUAAGUAGUUCUCUUGUGAAAAGUGGACAGACAUUGGAUUUUAUGUAUUGUGGCAAAAGCGCUCCCUUGGCAUCGACCCAACACAGACUGAUAGUGGAGGCACGUAUUAAAAUGAACAAAAAGAUUUCAUUUUUUUCUUCUUCGUGUCCCACAGGCCCUACAGAGUCCCCAAAACACACACAAAAGAGAAACACCACAAAUGUCACUUGUCUUUCUCCUCCAGUCCUCCUAGGCAGCUUUGUCCUCCUCCUCUCGACUCUGGCGCCCCAAGUAGUGGCUGCAGGCUCCUUUUAUAGCCCACCCAGAAGUGCGUCAGGUGAUAAUUAACCUAAUUAAGGCUGCACUCCCGGUGUGACUGUAUUGCUGCCCAGAUGUGCUCAGGAGGCCGUGCAGCUCACCCUGGCGGUGGCCAUGAAGCCCAACAGGGAUGAGCUCCGGUGUUACACAAUUGUGGCCCCGAUGUAACCCAGGGGGGCUGCCAGCAAAUGUUACGGGGGACGUAGUGUGCAUCCCAUGGCUGCUUGUCAAAGGGGCAUCAGCCAUCCGCCAGAAUUUAUAUAGAGAUAUUUAUACACACACUAAUAUGAAAGCUUGCCUGUAGUGUUCCCAUCAUUAACCCUUGAAUGCUUAGAGAAACUUGCUUAAUCUACAGGAUGUCAGGCAGAAGGCCCAGCAGUUGUGUUCCUAAAACAAAAUCUCGCUGCUCGUCAGCUCACCUCCUUCAAAGAACACAACAUCCUCGAUUCACAGAAAUUCAAACCAAAGCAAGUCAAAGGGCAGGCAGGCUGGUCUUUUAUGCUAAAAUCAGUUGUGGCCUUUCUUAAUGAACUCCUUCAUGGUCUAAGACUAUACUAACGUGCACCAGGAUAUAAGGCUUAUUUUCAUAUAUGCUCCUGAUUCUCUUUGAAUAUCUGCAGAUCAUCAACUUUAAGAAUAUACUUUUCUAUAAAAGUCAGUUAGAUCAGCUGGACAAAGUGUGUCUCUGUAUCGCAAUCUGAACGCUGCCUCUGUUAGACAGGAGGCUUUAAGAUAUCAAGGUGGGUUAGCAACGGUCAAGUUGUGUUGGAAAACAUCGCUGAAGAUGACAAGGAAAGGAAAUAACAGGCCUUGACCUCGAUCGAGUUUUACUUCCUACUGAAAGAGCACUAGGGGUACAGGCGUGUAUCCAGUCCGACUGCUUCAAGUUUAGAGUUGACAUCAACACCAAAUCUCUAAACAGAAGUUUACUGUCCAUGGUGAGCUCUGUAUGUGACCCACUGGGAUUCUUAGCACCAGUGAUUUUGCCUACAAGAAGCAUUUUACAAGAGUUGUGUGGGUUGAGAAUAGGGUGGGAUGACACUGUACCAGGACACCUCGCUCAGCAGUGGUCCAGGUGGAUGUAAGAUCUCCAUCUGUUAGGUGAAUUUGGACUCGAUGGAUGUUUCAAGCCAGCAUGCUUUGGUGAAGCGGUUUCUGCUCAGUUGCAUCAUUUCUCUGGUGCUAGUCAAGUAGGGUAUGACACAGUCACAUGUCUACUUCAACAGAACUGUAGCAAACUACUUUGUCAGUGAAAACGCUAGAGUUGGGCCAGUCAAGCCCAUAACCAUCCCAUAAUUAGAAUUAACAGCAUCAACGUUAGCAGUACACAUGGACAGAAUGCUAAGGGAGGAACUACAGCUGCCAUUACAACAUUCUGUGUUUUGGACAGACAGUAACUAAAUAUAUUAACAAUGAGACAACAAGAUUCUGAACAUUUGUGGCUAAUAAGGGAUCAGCUAUUCUACAAACAUCAAAGGUGUCUCAGUGGAAGUAUGUGAGCUCUCAUAUCAUUCCUGCUGAUUAUGCAUCUAAUGGACAAAAUGUGGAUGUGUUUAUGCAGAACAAGGUUUGACUGUUUGGGCCCGACUUUCAUACCAAACCAACCAAUGAAGGGCAGAAUGUCGAGAUCCCCUGGCAGACAGACCCUACAACAGACCCUGAGAUAAAGAGAAGUGUCCUGGUUAAUUCAGUUGUGGCUAAUGAAAUGGUAGAUAGAGUUAAUCAACUGAUAGAGUACUUCUUCUUAUGGAUGACACUUAAAAGAACAGUGGCAUGGUGCUUUAGAUUAAAAUGAUAUUACUUAACCACUCCAAAAUGAGAGAGGAGCAAAGUGCAAACAGAGCACAGAGUGAAACAGACAAAGUUCCACAACAACGCCAGCUGCACCAAGGAAGGUUGUCUUCUCAAAUGCAGCUAAAGAAGAACUGAGGAGCUUAUGCAAGCUGAGAUGGAAAUGACCCAUCAUUGUUAGUAUCAAGAGGAAAUCUCAACUCUACAAAAGAAUAAGAGUAGCUGGGAGCCUGCGCUGAUAGACAUAACAUCUACAAUCUAAAUCUGAUACCUCAAGAUGGAACUCUUUGUGUUGGAGGGAGACUCAGUCUAUCAGCCAUGCCAGAGAAAGCCAAGUACCCUGCUGUCAUGGCAAAAGACCAUCAUGUGUCAGAGUUAAUACUACAAGAGAUUCCUAAAGAAAUACAUCAUGUUGGGUGCUAUCAUAUUCUUCUCGAUUGCCCAGAUUCCCAAUGCUAAUUCUUGAAACAGGAGAGUCCUGUCCAAGUGUAAAACUUGUCGCAGGCUGCAUAGCACAACUGGUCACCAACUAAUGGCGGACCUACCUAGAAACAGAGUCCUUCCAGAUGAACAUGGAUUUGUCUGUAAAGUUUGUGUGAAGACGAUGACAAUGACAUUUGGUAGACAAAUCACUAAGAUCUGUCUUCUGCAAGAAGGAGAAUGAGGCAUAUUUCUUAAUUUUCUAAUGACUUUGAUUUGUGUGUUAUGGUAAUUGUUUCUAGGAACAAAAAACAAUUAGGGGUCGGGUAUGUGUGAGUCAGGCUUUGCAUUGACGUUUAUUAUGUCCUGUUAAGUUGAAUUUACUUUGUAGUUCAAGAUUAGCUUUUGUAUUAAGAACAGGAGUCGAUAAUGAUUCUAUUUUAAUGGGAUAUUGUUUCUUUACGAUGGGAUGCUGGGUUGCAGGGGUUAAUGUGAACAGAAAGCUUUAUAAGUUGGUGUGUGUGGAUUAAUAAAGCUGUGGAAACACA